AUGGCGUUCUUUCUCACCAUCGUGCUGGCUUUUCUGUCAGUCGCCAGUGCAGCAUCCUUGUCUGCCAAUUAUCCCAUUAACGCGCAAUUGCCACCCGUUGCCCGAGUCUCACAGCCUUUCCGAUUUGAAUUCGCCCAAAGUACUUUCUCUAACAGUGACGCGGACACUAAAUACUCGCUAUCAAAUGCACCAUCAUGGCUCGAGGUGGACAGCAGCAGUCUCACCCUGUUCGGAACGCCAGACUCAGGCGACAGUGGCGCCAACAAAUUCAAGCUUGUGGCAUCGAAUGGAUCGGAGAAGGACAGCAUGGACGUUACUUUAAUCGUAACAGCAGACCAGGGACCGACAGUAAAUAAACCGCUUGUACCUCAACUACAGAAACUGGGACCGGUCUCAUACCCUGCCACCUUGUUCAUCCAUCCAGGUCGUCAAUUCUCGAUCGAGUUCGAUCAGGAUACCUUCGACAACACGCAUCCUUCCACGAUAUACUACGGAACCUCGCCGAAUAACGCCCCGCUGCCUUCCUGGAUCAACUUCGACCCGGCAGCCCUGAAGUUUGCUGGAAAUAGCCCUGCUUUUCCAGGUGCGGGACCUCAGACAUUUACUUUCCAGCUGAUCGCAUCAGAUGUAGCUGGGUACAGUGCGGCCAAUGUGACUUUUGAACUGUCGAUCGGUCCUCAUAUACUGACAUUCAAUGAGACUGUCCAAAACUUCAACCUUACGAGAGGAGAAGAGUUCAACAGCCCCGCAUUCACUAGCCUUCUGUCUAUGGAUGGUUCGCUAAUUUCUAUCAAGGAGCUGGCAAAGGUUGAUGCUGAAUUACCUGACUGGUUGAAGCUGGAUAAGGACCAUAUAUCGCUGAGCGGUACGCCACCCAAUAAUGCUGUGAACGAGAACAUCACCAUUGCCGUUACCGACACUUUCCAGGAUCAAGCGCACUUGAUGGUUCGCUUAGAGUUCUUGAAACUGUUCCUCGACACCGUUGACGGCUGCGAGGCAGCUAUUGGCCAAGACUUCGAGUUUGUGUUCAAUCAGUCCAUCGUCACUGAUGACUCUGUACGAUUGGAGGUCGAUUUGGACAAUGAUCUCACGUGGCUUACCUACUUCUCGGACAACAAGACUCUUUACGGACACGUUCCGGAUGACAUGGAUCCCAAGAAAUUCACUAUCCCUCUUACUGCAUAUCAAGGAUCGACCGAAGACUCAAUGAACUUCGUUCUCGAUGUGCUCAAAGCCUCGGACACACAUUCGAACCCCACAGAUCCGUUCACUGAUUCUGACAGCCCCAACCACAAGAAGGCUGGCAUUAUCGCCAUCUCGGUCGUGGUCCCAUUUGUGGUAAUUCUGAGUCUGCUGAUUCUCUUCUGCUGCUGGCGUAGCCGGAAGAACUCACCCACGAUCGAAGAGGGCCCAUCCGACAGAAAGCUUGCUCCACCACGACCUGUUAGGCCAGAUGUUCCUAAUUGCCAGCCAUCCAUGACGGAAAGACCCUCCCGCGAUGACAAUUCCGAAGAUUGGAUGAGUCCUAUCUCACCGUCAUCGAUCCCCAAGCUCGAACUUGGGCCUGCGUGGAACGUGUCAUCAUUUGAUAAACGGGAGAACCCAGUUAACUUUGUUAUCCCUGAGCCCAUUAUUCCCCCUCGCUCCCCUGCUCGCAACUCUCCCACUCGUGGUGGCUUCGUCCCGCGGCGGGACACCAUCACCGAAGAGGACAACCCGGUUCAAACCGUGUCGCCUUCCAAGAAGCAAAACAAUCGCCUCUCAUACACGAACAGCCCCGUGCGUCGUAGGACCACGAACCGGUCCCGACGAGAGCCGUUGAAGCCGAUCCAGCCGCGAGCCAUGAAGCGAGAAUCUCUCCAAUCUUCCAAGUCCAAGAGAUACUCAAAACGCUCGAGCGGUAUCUCCUCCAUUGCCUCUGGACUGCCUGUACGAUUCAGCGGAGCCGGCCAUGGUGCCGGCGGCUUCGGACCUCCCGGCCACGGCGUGGUGCACACAUCAUGGCAAAACGCACGAGCCUCAAUGAUGAGCGAUGAGACCAGCCUAACGAACAUGGCGCCAAUGUUCUCGCGUCCGCCAGCGGGACGUAUGCGCCAUAGUAUGGCGUCCAGCAUUCCCGAAAACUACAGGCGCAUGACCCUACGCACCGUCGAGCCCGACGACUCUAUCCUCUCCGAAGCCGACUCCCUGGAAGCCUUUGUCCACAGCCGAGCCAAGCACCGCAACUCCUCCAACCCUCUCUUCUCUGCGCAGAUCAGCCGGCGCACUUCCUCCGGCAUGCGCGCGCUCGACCGAAACCGCAGCAUGCGCAGCCGCGCUGAUACGGUCUCCGUAUCAACCUUCAGCGACGAAUUCCGCCAAUCCAUGCAAGAACGGCCCUUGUCGACAGCGAUAUCGGCCUCAGAAUACGGCGACGACAACAACACCACCAACCGCUUCUCCCAAUAUCAGAACCAGGCCGGUCUAUUCCCCCUUGCUGAGGGCAGCGUAUAUGGCCAGAGUCAGUUGAGUCUUGCAGGUGACUACCGCGGUGCUAUCUCCCCUCUGCCGCAGUGCUGGAGCGAGAAUAGUAUGGCCAGUGCUCUGCAGUUGGAGGGCCAGGGCAGCUCUCAGCCUCGGAAAGUGAAUGAUGAAAACGCCAUGCCGCACAGCUCGUCUAUGAUUUCGGAUCUGGAUGAGCACCUGUCGCGCAAGGUCAACCCUAAUAAGAGCGCCAAUCAUCAGUGGUGGUUGUCUUCGCCUGUUGAGCCCCCACGGCCGCUGAAGAAUGCCGAUAAUCGGAGUCUUCCUGUAGCUAGUAGUGGAGAGCUGGCAUUUGUUUGA